AUGAAUCAGACCUCUACCAAGGCUACCAGACUAUCGGAGCCAGACGCACGAGCGAGAGAAACGGGCAAGUCGUUACGCGACAAAGUCUGCGCGCGCGCGGCUGCUUCCGGCGAUGGCGGCAACGAGCACCAGCCAGCUGUGCAAUGUGACGAGUCUAAGCUGGCUGGAAGCACACUUUGGCCAGCCGCGUCGCGUCACAUAUCACUGAGAGUUCUUGACGGACUGUCAAACUACGGAUUGAAGUGGACGACGACGAGUGUAGUCCAGCACUGGCCAGGCCAGGUCCACGCCACUCACUUCAUGUCCCGUCCUCCCGCGCUCUCCCGUCAGGCCCUGGCACCUCUAGUUCAUCCCGUCCCCGGAGGCGGCGUGUAA